UAGUCGAAUCUGAACCUUCGACGCUACCGCAAGUUAACUGCGCUGUGCUUUUGGUGCUGCUGGCUAUUGCAUUAUUGUUAAUUUUCGAUUUUUUUUUUGCUCACAAAGUAUAGGCCGAAUCUCGAUAGCACGCUUGAAACGCGGUGUACGCUGCACGCUUCGGUCAGAUCGCAAAUUGUAACAACACUGGGCGGUUAGCUAGUGUGAAAUGCUGCGCGACGUGACUCCAACGCAACCAAAGCGGACAAUUUUUCGAAAAUAAAAUAAUUAUUGAUGUUUAUAAUAUAAUUGUGGGCCGCAGCGAUAACUUCGAAAGAGUGAAUUUAAUCGAAAUAUUGAGGAUAUAUAACUCAAGCUUGUGAAUUAUAUUAUGAAUAGAUGCGAAUUCGAAAUAUAUAAAAAAUAAAACAAAAAACAAUUAAGUGCUGAUUAAAAAGAGAUAACUGAGAAUUUGACAAACACAUAUUCCAUAUGUAUGUAUAUUUAAAUAAAGCAUAGAAAACAGUUGAAAUUAUAAAGGAGCAAAAAAAAACAGCAAAAAAGAAUUGACCAAAAGUGAGGUUAUAAUGCCACUGACAAUAUCACAUUUACACACAUAAGUACAUACAUGAAAAAUCACAAAACUGAAAUAUACGAAAAUAAUAAACCUUCGGAACGGAUUUUUAUAUUGCGUAAAAACAACGUGCGCGCGCAAACUAGUUGAGCUAAUUAAGGUGAUGCCACCGGCUAAUUGAAAGGCGGAGAAUCUCACAAUUUUUAUAUCACGAAUAAUACAAUAACAGAAAAUUGAUUAAAUUGUUUUACAAAAAAGCAAGCAACAAAACAAAAACCAAAUGCAAACAAGUUUAAAUCAAACGCCAAAAUAAUAAGUGCCAGAGUGCUAAGGGAAACCACCGACGAAAACACAUAAAUAUAUACAAACAUAUGAACUCGCAUAACUUGAAGGAAAUCUAACAAAGCUCUAAUCAACACACAUACAAAAGUGCUGAAUAUAUACGUAAUUAACUACCAGAAGCAAGCAGAUCAGCGUUAAUCAUCAUAUAACGGUUAAAAUUACAAACUUGUCAAAGGUUUCUAUAAAUUUUCAACGCACAAAAUAAAUCAGAUCCACACGCAAAAUGGCUAAAGAGCUGAAAUCACUUGGCUGGGACUACUUCAUGUUUGUGGUCUUCAUUUUGAUCACCAUAUUCGCACCGUUGUGGAAGCGUAUAUUUGGCAAGAAGAAGGAGCGCAGCAAAGCCGACUAUGUCUUUGCCACAGGCGGCAUUUCAAUUGUUGCCAUUAUGUUAUCAAUUGCACGCGGCACGCUGGGUGUUCGCACCGUGCUAGGUUAUCCCAGCGAGCUGUUUUACCGUGGCUCGGCCAUGUGGGAGAACAUCUACGGCAUGGUCAGCGCUUAUCCCAUCGUGUGCUUCGUUUUUGUGCCAGUUUACUUUAAUUUGGGCAUAACGUCCGUCUACCAGUACAUAGAUUUAAGAUUUAAGAGCCGACUGGUGCGCUGCCUCGCUUCCGGCACCUAUAUUGUGCGGCAACUUUGCUCUCUAGGCAUUGCGGUCUACACACCCAGCGUCGCAUUGUCAACCGUAAUUGGCAUUCCCUAUUGGGCAUCCAUUGUGGGCAUGGCUCUGAUUUGCAUAUUUUUCACCAUCAUGGGUGGUUUGAAAGCAGCCAUCAAUGCCGAUGUCAUACAAACUGUAACGGUAAUUUUGGUGACACUAGCUGUCAUUGUGAAAGGUCUCAUGGUCAGUGGUGGCGUACAACACGUCUACGAAACGAAUCGCGAUAACGGUCGUUUACAAUUCUUCAACUUCACCGGCGACAUGACCGUGCGCGUGGACACGCUUUCCGCUUGGAUUGGUCAAUUGUUCAUGUCCUUGUCACAGUUUGGCUGCCAGCAAAAUUUCAUGCAGCGUUAUGUUUCGCUAAAAUCCAUGAGUGAUGUGCGACGCGUUAUGAUGACAAAUAUUCCCAUCAUCGUCGUAUUCUUCUCGCUCUCCUGGCUCUCGGGUAUGGUAAUCUAUGCCAGCUAUAUAAAUUGUGAUCCGUACGCUGAAGGCUACAUACAAAAACCAGAUGAAAUUUUGCCAUUCUUCGUAGAGGACCAGUUGGCCGUAAUACCCGGUUUCGUGGGCAUCUUCAUGGCCAUGCUCUUCAAUGGUGCCUUGUGCAUGAUGGUUUCGAAUUUAAAUUCAUUAGCCACUGUUUGCUGGGAGGAUUUCGUCUCGCAAAUACCACAAUUCAGGGGACUCAGCGACAAGCAACAGCUUUUCAUCCUAAAGAUUAUAACCGUCAUUUGUGGCUUGAUUACAAUUGGUGUUGCCUUUGGUGUGGGUCUACUGUCCGGCGUAAUUGAAUCAUCGUUGCUGGCAUUUUCGGCUACAUCUGGCCCAUUAUUGGGCUGCUUCAUGUUGGCCAUGCUGGUGCCGAUUGCUAAUUGGAAGGGUACAUCCGCUGGCAUGAUUGCAUCGUGUGCUUUCGUACUAUGGAUCAUCGCUGGCAGCGCCACUGUCGACAAGACUGCUCAGAACACUUUCCUGCCCACAUCCACAGAGGGCUGCACCAACACAACUUUCUCAGCGUCUAUAACUAAACCGAAGGACCUCGAACAGUCUUGGCUGAUCUCACAUUCGCUGCUCAACAAUUCGUCGCCGCUGCAAGAAACAAUUAUGGCGCCUGAACGCACCCCAAUGGAGACAUUCUACUCCAUCAGUUACAUGUACUACAGUUUGCUGGGAGCUGUGAUUACGGUUGGCGUUGGCGUUAUAAUCAGUUAUCUAACACGCGAUCCCAAAGACGCCUACGACGCUAAGCUCCUACAUCCGAUGGUAUUGCGUUGGUGCGAACGUUUCCCCGGCGACAAACCCUAUAUAAUCGGUGAUGCCAACAGUGAUUUGACUACAGUCGAUAAAGCAAAAGCCGCUAAAGUGAAUCUGGCAUUUGAUGGGCAAACCGAAUCGAAUAUCAUUAUUGGCACCAGCAAUGAGAAACAAAAACAUAAUCCCAUUGAUGUUGUUUUCACCAAUGGACAAAAUGGCCACAAAAAUGGCAGCACUGAUGAGCGUAGCAUAACCAAGGGUAGUCAAGCGAGGGCGGCUGAAAUGGAUACACCACCGAGCGCUGGCGAAAAUGGCACAUACCGGCAGUUCAAAGAGAAAGAGACAGUGUGAUGUGUAUCAUUAGUUGGUGUAUGACCUAUGAUGAUAUGCGGGGAGGACCCUUGAUAUUUGCAUCGUAGAGACUUAAGUUAAUUUACUUAAUAUUUUAAUGCUAUUUUGCUAAUGUUAUUAUAUACAUACAUAUAUACUAUAUAUUACUAUAUAUUUUAAGAAAAUAUAAAGUUUAUUGUUAGUAAUGUUUAAGUCUGAAAGUUACAAAUAACUUAAAAGCUUCUAAACUAGCUGAUAAAGAUAAUUACACCAGAAUUUAUACACACAUACAGAUAUUAGAAAUAUUACUACUUAGAUAGUUCGUUAAAUAAGUCAUGAAUUAAUGAUGUAUGUGAAGAUGAUGAAGACACUGUGAUCAUUAAUUAAUUUGACUACUUGUACUGAUCGAUUCAACAUGUACAUACAUAGUAUAAGCAUACGUAUAUAUGUGGUAUAUGUUCACAUUCGUGGAAAAAACAUAUAUAAAUAUAUUUUUUGACGUAUAUUGAUACAUAUAUGUAUAUAAUCUAAAGUAACAUUUUACAAAAAUUUGUUAUAUGUACGUUUGUACGAUGCAUUCAUGUCGUAGAAAUAAGUACAUAAAAUGAAGAACUAUUAUAUACAAUGCAUAUAUAAAAAAAAUUUAGCAUAUAAGAUCCACAAAUCAUGAAUUGUAAGUACAUAAUAAAUUAAACGAGCAGUUGUGUUUAAGACAUACAUAUAAAUUAUUGGAUAUAAGCAUACAUUAGCUAAACAUUUAGUGUUUUAAUACAACGCCCUAUUUGAAGAAUAAAGUGUGGAGUUUUAAGUAUAAAAAA